CUAGUCUACUCCCAACUUUUCUUAUUAUUAUUAUUAUCAUUUGGGUGUAGUUUUUUUUUUUUUUAUCAUCUAUCUUCUUAUUAACAAGAUUAUCAUUCGUUAUGACUGAAUUUUGUUAUACUCUUGUUCAUCAAGAUGACACGAUUGAACAACCUAGUUUACAAGAUUUUCAACGUGCCUUUGAAAAGGGGUCUGACGAAACACGCGUGGAAACAAUGAAGCAACUUUUAGUGAUUAUGCUCAAUGGGGAUCCUAUGGAAAAGCUAUUACUUCAUGUCAUUCGUUUCGUACUUCCUUCUAAGAACAAACAACUUAAGAAACUAUUGCAUAUCUAUUGGGAAAUUUGUCCAAAAACCAAACCUGAUGGGAAACUCAAAGAAGAAUUCAUUUUGGUGUGCAACGCUCUUCGAAACGACUUGCAACAUCCCAACGAAUACAUUCGAGGUGCCACUCUUCGUUUCUUGUGCAAAAUCAAAGAAGCUGAUGUUUUGGAACCACUUGUACCAUCUGUUCGAUCUUGUCUAGAACAUCGUCAUUCUUAUGUUCGCAAGAACGCUGUAUUUGCCAUUGGAUCCAUCUAUCGACAUUUCGACUUUUUGUUCCCGGAUGCUCCUGAAGUCAUUCAACAAUUCCUAGUGUCUGAAGCUGAUUCUACUUGUCGACGAAAUGCAUUUGUGGUAUUGUGUUCUAUUGCUCAACCUCUGGCUGUGGACUUUUUGAUGCAAUCCUUUACUUUGGUGCCUUCUUAUGAUGAACUUUUGCAAUUAUCUGUUAUUGAAUUGAUUCGCAAAGAUAGCAAGACAAAUUUAGCAAACAAGGGUGCAUAUAUCCGUUGUGUAUCUGAAUUGUUGGAAGCUGCUUCUCAUUCUGUCAAAUAUGAAGCUGCCAAUAUUUUGAUGUUUCUUACAUCCAAUCCUACUGCUGUGAAAGCUGCUGCAUCCUGCUAUAUCGAAUUGGUGGUCAAGGAAUCCGAUAACAAUGUUAAAUUAAUUGUUCUUGAUCGUUUACGAGAUCUUCAUUUGAAACAUGAACAUGUAUUGGAUAGCUUGGUGAUGGACUUGUUACAAGUUUUGUCAAGUCCCGAUAUUGAUGUUCGUCGUAAGGCCUUGAAUAUUGCUAUGGAUAUGGUAUCUUCAAGAAAUGUACAGGAAGUGAUACUUGUAUUGAAGAAGGAAUUAAUCAAGACUCAUGAUCAAGAAUAUGAAAAGAACACGGAAUAUCGCCAAUUAUUGAUUCAAUCGAUCCAUGCAUGUGCCAUUCAAUUCUCUGAAGUGGCUGCUAAUGUUGUACAUGUACUGAUGGAAUUCUUAGGUGAUGUUAACAAUCCUUCUGCUGUGGAUGUAGUGGCGUUUGUGCGUCAAGUGGUUGAAAAAUUCCCUGGUUUACGUGCUUCUAUUUUGGAAAAGUUGAUGGAAACAUUUGCCGAUAUGAAAUCCAGCAAGGUGUUCCGUGGUGCUCUCUGGAUCCUUGGUGAAUAUUGUCAAAAUGAAAAGGAAAUCAAUGAGGCUUGGGAACAAAUUCGAUUGACUCUUGGUGAAAUCCCUCUUCUUGCAUCGGAACAGCGACUAUUGGAUGAAACUGAACAAGAUGAAAAUCCUGCUGGUGAUCAAAACAAGGAAGAGACUGGCAAAUCUGUCCCUUCUGCAAGACGUAUCUUACCAGAUGGAACCUACGCAACUGAAAGUGCCUAUACGGAACCCGCAUCUGUACAAUCCCGUUUGGAAUCUGUUAAAUCUGCUAGCAAGCCUCCUUUACGAGCACUUAUCCUUAAUGGAGAUUAUUAUCUUGGUUCUGUAUUGGCUACAACAUUAACAAAAUUGGUGUUGCGUUACAGUAAAUUAGUGGCUGAUGCUUCUUUGGCAAAUGCUCGCAAAGCUGAGGCUAUGUUGAUCAUGACAAGUAUUAUUCGUGUUGGUCAAUCUCAAUUUGUCUCCUUCCCAAUUGAUGAGGAUUCCUAUGAUCGUAUCAUGCAAGAUUUACGUGUGGUUGGCAAUCACUCACAAGAUGGUAUUGUAGACAAGGUGUAUUUGGAAGAGACCAAGGCCGUUUAUGCAAAACAGAUUCAAGACGAAGAACGACGAGCUGCAGAAGCUAAGGCUAGUGAUCAAACCGGUGUCAAGAUUCAAGUAGAUGAUGCUAUUGUAUUCCGACAACUUUCAAAGAAAACUGGAGGAAACACUACUGAUGAAUAUGAUCAAGAUCUAUCUCGUGCCACUGGUGUAUUAGAUAACAAGGACGAUUUGAUGUCGAAACUUAGUCGCAUAGUACAAUUGACUGGUUUCUCCGAUCAAGUGUAUGCUGAAGCUGUGGUCAAUGUACAUCAAUAUGAUGUUUUGCUAGAUGUACUUAUUGUGAAUCAAACGGCAGAAACUUUACAAAAUUUAACAGUUGAAUUUGCUACAUUAGGCGACCUGAAAUUAGUAGAUCGUCCUACUUCUCACAGUCUUGCUCCUCAUGCUUUCCUUACUAUCAAGGCUUCCAUCAAGGUAUCCUCAACGGAAACGGGCGUUAUCUUUGGUAACAUUGUUUACGAUACAAAUGCUGCUGCUUCGGAUAGCAACUGUGUUGUAUUGAACGAUGUCCAUAUUGAUAUUGUCGAUUAUAUCAAUCCUGCCACAUGUACUGAAACCCAAUUCCGAUCUCAUUGGGUUGAAUUUGAAUGGGAAAACAAGGUCAAUGUCAAUACCACUAUCACUGAUUUACGAACAUAUCUUGAUCAUCUUACUUCAUCAACGAACCUACGCUGCUUAACUCCUGAACGACAACUUGAAGGCGAUUGUGGAUUUUUGUCUGCCAAUUUGUAUGCCCGUAGUAUCUUUGGUGAGGAUGCUUUGGCAAAUAUUAGUAUCGAAAAGACAAGUGAUGGCUCCAUCACUGGCCAUAUUAGAAUCCGUAGUAAAACACAAGGACUUGCAUUGAGUUUAGGUGACAAGAUCACACUUGCUCAAAAGGCUGUAGCUUAGAAACUCUCCAUACAAACAUCCACUUUUAUCCCUAGUAUAUUCUUUAUUUAUCUUCCCCUUAUCACACAUAUCUUUUCUUCCUUUUUAUUUUUUUUUUAUUUUAUUCAAUAAAGUAAAGCGCACUUACAGUUCAA